GCCAGUCCCCAGAGUUUCUUCGCUUUCCCUGCAGGAGGCGCCUGAGCUGAGGGCGCGCCAGGCGGCCGGGAGGGAGCUCCCCGCGGCAAGGUACAAAUGCGGCCGAGCCCCGCGCCGGCCGCGCUUGGCAGGCGGACUCCGUGCGCGCUCCGAGCUCCCGCCGCCGCUCGCCCCGGCUCGCGAAGGCUCUGCCCGGCCCCGGAGCCUCGCCUCUGCCCGCUGUCUCGGGGCCCUUGCUUUUGCUCGCGCCCUCUCGCCCCGCUCCUCUCCCCGUCUCCCCUUCCCUCGGUCUCUGCCCUCGUCCUUGCGCAGCCUUCCGGAGCCCUCCCGCCCCGACUAGCCUAGAACAGACCCCGGCGAGCGCCCGAGCCUGCCUCCGAGCCGCGCACUGAGCCGGGAGACCGGCUCGGAGCUUCUCCCCGUUCUCUCCGCUCUCCUCCCCCUCUCUCCCCUCCCCUUUUCGCCGGCUCCUUCCCACAGAGCGCUUCGUUUUCCUUUUGUCAGUUUACUGCUCUCGCACGCGUCUCGUUCUUCCUCUCCCUCCUUUCUGCGCCGCGGAGCGCGAGCGCUGCGAGGUGCUCAGAGACCCUCUCCCGUCCCGCCCUGUGUCUCCGUCUGUCCGUCUGUCUCCCGCCCCGCCCUCUCCCCCUCACCUCCGCGUGCCCCUGCCCUUGCCUUUGCUCUCUCCUCCUUGUUCGGCUCUGCCCGGGGUCUGGAGGUGGAAGAAUGGUUCCCGAAGCCAGAGUCCUCUCUUCCUUGCUGGGAUUUGUCCUUCUCUGGUUCCCCUCGGACACCCAUCCCCGGACCCGCCCUGACAUGUUCUGCCUUUUCCAUGGGAAGCGAUAUGCUCUGGGGGAGAGCUGGCAUCCCUACUUGGAGCCACAGGGGCUGAUGUACUGUCUGCGCUGCACCUGUUCUGAGAGUGCCCACGUGAGCUGUUAUCGUCUCCACUGCCCACCUGUGCACUGUCCUCAGCCUGUGACGGAGCCUCAGCAAUGCUGCCCUCGGUGUGUGGAACCUCACACCCCAUCGGGGCUCCGGGCCCCCCUGAAGUCGUGCCAAUACAAUGGGACCACCUACCAGCAGGGGGAUACAUUCACCACCCAAGAGCUCUUUCCCUCCCGUCAGACCAACCAGUGUGUCUUUUGCAGCUGCUCGGAAGGCCAAAUCUACUGUGGCCUCAUGACAUGUCCUGAAACCAGCUGCCCCACACCUGUCCCAGUGCCUGACUCCUGCUGUCACACCUGCAAAGAUGGGUCAUAUGAGAAAUCAGCUGAGGAGGAAACCCUGCAAUUGUACCGAGGAGUGAGGCAUUCUCAGGACCCGUGUGUUAGCCAGGGUGGGAGCCGGCGGGCACCAGGAACCACAGCGCCCACAGGCCUCAGCUCUUCCCUGGGCUUCAUCCCCAGACACUUUGGGCAGAAGGGCAGUGGAAGUACCACCGUCAAGAUAGUCCUCAAAGAGAAACAUAAGAAAGCCUGCAUGUACAAUGGGAAGACGUAUUCCCAUGGGGAGGUGUGGCACCCGGCCUUCCGUUCCUUUGGGCCCCUGCCCUGCAUCCUUUGCACCUGUCAAGAUGGCCGCCAGGACUGCCAACGGGUGACCUGCCCCAGGGAGUACGGCUGCCUCUACCCAGAGAAGGUGGAAGGGAAAUGCUGUAAGAUCUGCCCAGAGGACAAGACCAACCCCAGUGAUGAGGUCAGUACUACCAAAUGUCCAGCCGGGCCCAGUCAGGUACUUGUCCAUACCCUGGUCUCUCCAAGUCCUGAAAGCCUGCGACGAAUUGCCCUGGAGCAGGAAGCUUCUGACUAUGUGGAGAUUUACAUAUGGAAGCUGGUAAAAGGAAUUUUUCAUCUGAUUCAGAUCAAGAAAGUUCGGAAGCAAGAAUUCAAAGAAGAGGCACAAAACUUCCGGCUCAUCACUCGGACGAAUGAAGGUCAUUGGAACGUCUUCCGAGCCCAGGCCGCAGAGCUGAAGGUGACAGCCAGCCCAGACAAAGAGACCAAGACCUUAUAAUAGAGCCUUAGAUAUUUGCAUAUAUGAAGUCUAUAUAAUUAUUAUAUAUUAAUAAAGAAGUUGCAUUAUCAUGGA